AAUUGUCACUCUGCCCAUUAGAUUGUCCAGUUUUUUUAGUUGGUAGCUGCCGCCAGUUGGCGAAUAUAAAACUGAAGAGUUGGCGGAAAAUGCAUCUCACAUUUGAGCUGAGUUCUCGUAGUGCAGACACCUCCAAACCAGAGCUCCCUCUAUCACAUCCUUUGCCAUGUUUGCCCAGAGUCUGUUCGUUUUGGGACUGAUCCUGUCCGCGGUGGUGGCCAUCCCCAUCGAUCCCUAUGGACUGUCUUCGCCGGGACUCUCCUAUGCGUCGCCCAAGUUGCUAGCUGCUCCGGCUAUUUCGUAUGCCGCUCCUGCCAUUUCGUAUGCUGCUCCUAAACUCCUGGCUGCUCCUGCCAUCUCGUAUGCCGCUCCUUCCAUCUCCUAUGCUGCUCCCAAGCUCCUGGCUGCUCCCGUCGCCGUGGCCAAGGUGGCCGUGGCGGAGCCCUACGAUCCCAAUCCCCAGUAUAGCUUCUCGUACGGAGUAACCGAUCACCACACUGGUGAUUCCAAGCAGCAGGAGGAGACCCUGGUCAACGGUGUGGUCCAUGGCAGCUAUUCCCUGGCCGAGCCCGAUGGCUCCAUCCGCAAGGUGACCUACACCGCCGACAAGGUCAAUGGAUUCAAUGCCGUGGUGGAGAAGAAGGGCGUGGCCGCGGUGGCGAUCGCCAAGCCCGCCAUCGCAGUUGCCGCAGUUCCCGCCAUCACCAAGAUCGGAUACGCCUCGGCGCCUGGUCUCAGUCUGGGUGGAUACCACUAAUCGGUUGGAUUGGAUGAAACCGAGCGAUGACAAACUUUAGCCUAGUUGUAGGACCGUUGUUGAAUAGUUCUAAUGCAUUAGCAACAUAACCCCGAUUAAUCCACUCUUCUGUCAGUCAAAACCCGAAACCCGAAACACAAGGACGUGCGUGCUGUUGCCACCCGCUGUUGACCCACAUUCCCCAUCUCCGAUCGGUCGGACGAUUGGACACUAUAUCACCGCCACCACAGACUACGUUUAGGGAUACC